AUGCCGACAGGACUCAAUGACACUCAUCUAGUGUUGAUCCCAAAAAAGAAGAAUUUAUCCACUAUGGGUGAUUUGCGGCCUAUUGCUCUUUGCAAUGUAUCCUAUAAGAUUCUUUCUAAGGUCCUUGCCAAUAGGAUGAGAGUUUUAAUUAAUCAUGUUAUUUCUCCAACUCAAAGUCCGUUUAUUCCAUGCAGGCUUAUCUCAGAUAAUAUAAUGAUUGGCUUUGAAAUUAUGCAUUAUCUCAAGUGGAAAACAAAGGGCAAGAAAGGUUUCAUGGCUAUGAAACUAGAUAUGAGCAAGGCUUAUGAUCGAGUUGAAUGGGACUACUUGUAUGCGGUCAUGCACCGCUUUUCUUCCUUGAUCAAGAAGUUUGAAGAUGACCAUGUCAUUCAAGGUUGUCGUGUUGCCAAAGGAGCCCCUCCUAUAACACACAUGCUAUUUGAUGAUGAUAGCUACCUCUUUUGUCAAGCAAAUCCUAAUACGGCUGUCAAAAUCAAGCAAAUGCUUCACUCCUUUGAAUUAGCAUCUGAAGCUACUGAUGGCUCACUUUAUUUGGGAUUACCAAACAUUAUUGGUAGAAAGAAAACUGUUAUCCUUGGUUUUCUCAAAAAUAAGAUUAUUAAUUGUCUCAACAGUUGGAAUGGCAAAUUUCUAUCCCGUGCAGGAAAGGAAGUUCUUCUUAAAUCUGUCAUUCAAUCUCUACCAACUUAUGCUAUGAGCGUCUUUCUUAUUCCCUUGGAAACUUGUCAAGAAAUUGAGAAGAUUAUGGCUAAUUUCUGGUGGAAAACAUCAAGUGCUAAAGGUCAAGGAAUCAUUUGGAUGUCAUGGGAUCGCAUGGCUACUCAUAAACAUUCGGGUGGUAUGAGAUUUCAUCACUUACAUGACUUCAAUCUCGCAAUGUUGGCCAAACAAGGGUGGAGCCGUGUGUUCAAAGCUAAAUACUACCCUCAAUCUGAUUUCCUUACUGCAAAUCUUGGCAAUAAUCCCAGUUUCGUUUGGCGUAGUAUCUGGAGUGCACAAAACUUGGUGAAGCUGGGUUGUCGAAGAACUAUUGGCAAUGGGAUUACAACAAACAUUUUGAAGCACCCUUGGCUUCCCGAUCUUGCAAACCCGUAUGUCUCCUCUGUCGCCAUGGGACUUGAAAACCAUACGGUGAGUUCUCUCUUGGAUACUCAUGACACAUCUUGGGAUUAUUCUCUUGUCAACGAUAUGUUUAACCCUCGAGAUGCACACUUGAUACUUGGAAUCCCUUUGAGUUCUAUACCAGCCGAAGACUGUUGGUCUUGGAAGGGUGAGAAGUCUUAUUUUUUCUCAGUUAGGAGUGCCUAUGACCUGCUGCAGAUCAGUAAACACGGGCAACAGAGGCAAUCGAACUCUGGUUUUUGGCACAAGUUUUGGCAUCUCAAAAUCCCGCUGAAAGUUAAGAACUUCAUGUGGCGUGCUGUCACCAAUGCUCUCCCCACAUGUCUCAAACUGCUGCUGGGAGCGAUGUGGGUUCACCAUUCAUCCGAUGCCUCAUCAACCAUCGAUCAUUGGCUCAAGUCUACGUUUGAGAAGUAUGCAUGGACUACACUUGACCAUUGGCGUUCUGCUCAAGAUAAAUCUAGUUUAUUAUCAUUGUCUCUCUUACAACAUGAUAAUAACAUUGAGUGUUGGACCAAACCCGAUUCAGAUACAGUCAAGUUAAAUGUUGAUGGAGCUUUGUUUGAGAAAGAAAAUGCAUACGGCUUUGGUAUUGUGGCUCGUGAUUCGCUGGGUCGCCUUGUUGAUCUAAAAGCUAAAUAUCAUGGGGGCAAUUAUCCAGCGAAGGUGGUUGAAGCUCUUGGUAUCAAGGAGGCACUUAGCUGGUUAAAAGACAAGGAAUUGAAUCAAGUUGAAAUAGAGACUAAUAGUAUGGUAACGGUCCAAGCAAUCUUUAGUAAUCAACACAUGACUUUUGCUUUUGGUUUGAUUGUUAAUGAUUGUAAAAGUUUAUUAUCAUUUUUAAAUAAUGUAAAUGUUCGUUUUAUUAGACGAUCAGCAAACCGAGUUACUCACUUUGUUGCUAGGCGCUCUCGGUUUUUCUCUGAUUGUAGCAUUCAUAGGAAUGAUUUUCCUAAUGAGCUUCAUGCUCUCUUGUAUUGUAUGAUGAAUGCUAAAUUUCAAUAA